UCCUGAGCUCUCGGAGUCCCUGGACCUGCAGAUUGAGCUGUAUCUCCAUCAGGCAUCCUCCACUCGGGCUCCACAUUUGCACAGAAGGGACAUUGGGUCAGCUCAGUAAACCGGCCGGAGGACACGGUGCUGGGGACCAUGGCCCAAAUUCCAACUCUUGGCCUCCUUUUACUAUUACACUUGGUGACAUCCCAAGGGCAGAGAGCUGGCCCACGUGGACCCCCAGGUCCACCAGGACCCCCAGGAACACCUGGAAAGGAUGGAAUAGAUGGUGAGCAAGGACCAGCUGGAUUACCUGGCCCCCUGGGUCCCAAAGGAACCCCUGGAAAACCUGGAGAAGCAGGAAAGGCAGGCUUGGCGGGACUGCCAGGAAUUGAUGGACUGACCGGACCAGAUGGUAAAGCUGGGCCAGAUGGACCACCAGGAGAACGGGGAGAUGUCGGACCCGCAGGACCAGACGGAGCCCCAGGACGAGGACCACAGGGACCCCCUGGCCUUGCGGGAUCAAGCGGAUUACCGGGUGGGAUCGGACCACAAGGACCAGCGGGACCUUCCGGCCAACCUGGACUUCCUGGACCUCCAGGACCCCCAGGACCCCCAGGCCUCCCGGGAGUUGCUCCUGAUGGCAACGGAGACCUGCAGUGCCCUGCUGUUUGUCCCCCUGGGCCACCCGGACCUCCUGGGAUGCCAGGAUUCAAGGGCCACACCGGGCACAAAGGGGAAAGGGGGGAAAUUGGAAAGAAUGGACAGAAGGGAGACCCUGGUCCCCCAGGACCCUCUGGAGUCCCUGGCAGCGUGGGCUUACAGGGCCCAAGAGGUCUGAGGGGCUUAACUGGGUCCCAGGGACCUGCAGGAGACAGGGGCCCCACUGGAGUCCGUGGCCCUCCGGGCCCUCCUGGGCCCCCUGGUAAAGCUGGGGAUCAAGGAGAAAAAGGGCACCCAGGAUACAGAGGACCCAAAGGAGACUCGGGUAAAGCUGGCCCUAAAGGAAUGCCCGGUGGGCCUGGCCCCAUUGGGGAACCGGGCAUGCCGGGUCAGGAUGGACGAGACGGGAUCCCAGGACUGGAUGGUGAGAAGGGUGAUCGAGGCAGAGUGGGAAUUUCAGGAGAGAAAGGACCCAAUGGCCUCCCUGGCCUGAAUGGCAAAGCCGGGGCCAAAGGAGAGAAGGGCCAGUUGGGAAACCCGGGAGAGCUGGGAGAAGCAGGACCCUCUGGAGAGCCAGGUAUCCCCGGUGAAGCUGGACCCCCAGGAGAGCGAGGGGAGGCAGGACCUAGAGGAACUGCUGGUGGCGUUGGGUUACAGGGACCAAUAGGAGCUCCAGGAGUCCGUGGAUUUCAGGGAAUUAAAGGCAGCAUUGGAGAUCCUGGCUUACCUGGCCCAACUGGAAUUCGAGGUGGCUUUGGAGAACGGGGUCCCAUUGGAGCUGCAGGUCCCAAAGGCAACCAGGGCAUUGCUGGAUCUGAUGGACUCCCAGGGGAUAAGGGAGAGAUGGGAUAUUUUGGUCCAGUCGGACAGAAAGGAGAGCCAGGUGUGCGCGGUGAGCCCGGACCUAAGGGUGUGGCUGGGCCUAAUGGUACCGCAGGUGUCCCAGGCGUUCCUGGUCAGCCAGGACCAAUGGGCUUCCAAGGAGAACAGGGUGUUCCUGGAAUUACUGGAAAAACUGGUGUUCCUGGCAAACUGGCAAGUGAACAGCACAUCAGGGAGCUCUGCGGAGGCAUGAUAAGUGACCAAAUUGCACAGCUAGCUGCUAACCUCAGAAGGCCCUUGGCUCCAGGGUUGGUUGGACGUCCAGGUCCUGCUGGACCACCAGGACCCCAAGGAGCCGCAGGUCGGAUAGGACAUCCUGGUUCUCGUGGCCCUCCUGGAUAUAGGGGUCCAACUGGAGAGCUUGGGGACCCUGGUCAAAGAGGGGACCAAGGUGAGAAAGGCGACAAAGGAUUGGGUGGACGAGGAAUCGAUGGACCAUUCGGAGACCAAGGAGCACAAGGGCCACAGGGAGUACCUGGCACAAGCAGAUAUGGACGAGACGGGGCACACGGUGAGGCAGGAUUCCCAGGAGAAUCUGGAAGACCGGGAUCAAUAGGGGCACAAGGUACCCCUGGAAUAUGCGACACAUCAGCUUGCCAAGGUGCUGCGGCCGCUGGGAAAUCUAGCGCCAAGAAUUCCUAAGCAGUUCCAAAACCGGACCAAUAGGAGCUGAAUAUUAACUGCAGCGCCUGGGUGCCCGCAUCUGACCAGACCCUCACAAUUAUCCGGAAACAGAUGAUUGGUUUACCAAAGACAUUACAAUGGGAGACUUUCAGCUUCCCACCAGCUGCAACAACAAUGGAAACAUCUGAUCUGAAAUAUCCUAGAAUUGAGUUUUUUUUACUUUGUAAAUGUAUGUUUAACCCCAACCUCCCCUGUGUGUUACCUCUAUGAAAAGACCCCCCCCCCGUUCCCUAUAGACUCACCCCUGUACUGAUGCUUGUGUUUCCCUGCUGGACUUGCCCCAAACUCUGCUCACAAAGGCAACACGAAUACUGAGCCCCUCACUAGAGGUAAGUGUAUAGAGAACUGCCCCUGGACUAUACCUGUGCCCCGUACUCCCCUCCAGUUACAGAAAAGGAAAUAAAAAGCAGCGUGAAUCUUUAUCACCCUGAGGGAUUUGCAGCCGUGAUCAUGUCGUGGAACAUGUAGCGCGUGUAAUAACAUCCUGUCCUGUCUCAGCACACGCCAUCAAGCCCCUCGGGGGGACAAAUAAACAGCUGCACCUCUUGUGAAUAUCCAGGAGUUACAUUUAGUAUUUAUUUUGGUGACUUGUAUGUACAAUAAAGCCUGUUGCGCCACCUGUUGGAAUGAAUGAAUAAAGCCACUUCCAGUCCACACAAAA